CGCGCGGCUCGAAGUCGUGCUCGGUCCGGUCCGAGUCCUCGGGGCAGACCUGGGGCAGGCACUGUGUGCUUUUGUGACAGAGACCCACCAGAAGCCGGGCCAGUUGUCCCUCUCGGUUUUUCUUGUGGAGGCUUUGCAGGUGGGGGCCUUUGAACCUACCCAUGGAGCGUUGAGCAGGGGGGUGGUAUCAGCACCGUUGUUUGUGGAGCCCGCCUGAGGACCCGGGCUCGCAGCGACGGUGGUGGGGAAAGUCGCUUGUCGGACACGGGGCAGGAGUCUGGAUGGUGAGGGCCAGAGGGCGCUGAGGUAACAAGAGAGUGUCGCACAGGGGUUGCGUGGAUGCAGAUGGCAGCCCCUGGGGGUGGCAGGGGUGGGAAUGGUGAAUAUUCAGUGACAUUUCAGGCUCCCUGAAAGGAGAGGGAGGCUGAGGCAGAGUGGCCAACGGCCAGCGGGGAUCCACGGUUGUUGGACCCGGGCCCUCAUGGGGAACAGCCAAGGAUGCAGGUGCAAACUGUGGCCACCCUAAUGCACGUGGGGUUUAAGGACCAGUCUGAGUCAGAGAGGCGGUUCUGGUCCCCGGAGCCAGAAGCGUCCUUCCCGAGAAGAGGACGCUGGGCACCCACAGGUCCGUCCUAGGAGCGGGGGCGGGGGCCGCCCCAGCACAGACGCACCUGCCAUCGGUCACGAUGAGCCGAUCCCCCAUCGUCUUCCGUGUUUGCCUGUUUCCCCCUGGAGUCAGCUGGGAGCCAGCAGCCCCUCGGCUCAUCGACCACGUGCGGGCCGCGUGUGAGCGAGCUCACAGGUGUGCAGUGUAAGGGGCGGCUCGAGGCCGGUCAGUCCCGCCCCAGCAGCCUGGCUGCAGGCAGGGGCUGUGGUGGCAGCAUUCAGAAAACCCGAGGGUCAAAUCUGGGGCUGGGCGACUGGAAGACCUUCCGCCUGGGGUGUUUGCUGAUGUCAGGAGGCUGGAAACCUGGCAGGCGUCCAGCACAUCAUCCUCGUGCUCUCAGGAAAGGGGGGGGUCGGGAAAAGCACCAUCUCCACGGAGCUGGCCUUGGCCCUGCGCCAUGCAGGCAAGAAGGUGGGGAUCCUCGACGUGGACCUGUGCGGUCCCAGCAUCCCCCGCAUGCUUCGGGCACAGGGCAGGGCCGUGCACCAGUGUGACGGCGGCUGGGUGCCCGUCUAUGUGGACCAGGAGCAGAGCAUCUGCCUCAUGUCCGUGGGCUUUCUGCUGGAGAACCCCGACGAGGCCGUGGUGUGGAGGGGGCCCAAGAAGAAUGCGCUGAUAAAGCAGUUCGUGUCGGACGUGGCCUGGGGGCAGCUGGACUACCUGGUUGUAGACACGCCACCGGGGACGUCUGAUGAGCACAUGGCCACCGUGGACGCCCUGCGUCCCUACGGUCCCCUGGGGGCCCUCGUGGUCACCACACCCCAGGCGGUGUCCGUGGGGGACGUGAGGCGGGAGCUGACCUUCUGUAGGAAAACGGGGCUGCGGGUGCUCGGGGUGGUGGAGAACAUGAGCGGUUUCAUCUGCCCACACUGCGCGGAGUGCACCAGCAUCUUCUCCCGGGGAGGCGGGGAGGAGCUGGCCAGUCACGCCGGAGUCCCCUUCCUGGGCUCUGUGCCCCUGGACCCAGAGCUCACUAAGAGCCUAGAGGAGGGUCGAGACUUCAUCCGGGAAUUUCCUGAGAGCCCAGCCUUCCCUGCGCUCCUGUCUAUAGCCCAGAAAGUUCUGACCGAGGCGCCUGCUCGCGUCCCCUGAUCGAACCCUCCCCCCCCCCCGGCCCAGCCCCCCCCCCCCCACGGGCCUCCUGGCUGAGUAUAUGCAGACCCAAGCAGAAGGGUGUGGGGCCAGCAUUCCCUCCCUCAGCCCUGCCCCUGGAGCCAGUCCGGUGCUCCCGUAGCAUCUGGACAGCAGAGCGGCUGACAGUGAGUGGUUCCCCCAGGUUGGCCCGUGGCAGGGCCCAGGGGGACGUGUGGGGUCCCGGUGGCCUGAGCUCUCCCUGGCUGGCACGUUCCCACUUGGUCUCACGGUGCUCAAACGGCAGCCGUCUCCCCCUGGGCCCCAAAGCCCACGUGCCUGGAAAAUCGUUGGGGCCUCUGCUGUCCUCGGGACUCCUGUGACAGAAGGGGGGUGGUGACAGAAGAGAGUGUCGUGAGGUGUUAAGCUUGUCACUUCAAAGGAACCCACAAUUAAAUGUUCUCCCCUCCACCCCUCA